AACGGAAAUGAAAACUCCGAGGGGCGGGGUUGACACGAGCUUUAGCCAAUGAAUGUGCUGUGUGAGUUCACAAGGUCCAAUCAUUUUACUGGACAGUCUAAUUGGCCGGUACUUUAGGGUAUCACUUCCGCCGAUUUUCCCUAGUAACCCACAUGGAAACCGAUUUCCCUGUGUUUUGAGUUUCGGCGCCGAUUAAGGCGGUGAGAAAUAAUCUAAGACACAGUAGACGUUUUUAUUCACCCUAACCCCGCCUUGCAGUUUUUGCAUCACAUAAUUGUACAAGUAACACAACUAUGAAGAUCGAGGAGGUAAAAAGCACCACGAAAACUCAGCGGAUCGCCUCUCACAGUCAUGUCAAAGGACUCGGGCUAGACGAGGCCGGGAAUGCUAAACAGAGCGCAUGUGGUCUGGUCGGCCAAGAGGCUGCAAGAGAGGCUUGUGGCAUCAUUGUCGAGCUCAUUCGCUCGAAAAAGAUGGCAGGAAGGGCAGUGUUACUUGCUGGGCCUCCUGGUACAGGAAAGACUGCCCUUGCCUUGGCUAUAGCACAGGAGCUGGGAAACAAGGUGCCUUUCUGCCCAAUGGUCGGCAGUGAGGUCUACUCAUCUGAAAUUAAAAAAACAGAAGUACUAAUGGAAAAUUUCAGGAGGGCCAUUGGACUGCGUAUCAAAGAAACAAAAGAGGUGUAUGAAGGGGAGGUGACAGAGCUGACCCCCUGUGAGACUGAGAAUCCCAUGGGUGGCUACGGAAAAACCAUCAGCCACGUCAUCAUCGGUCUGAAGACGGGCAAAGGCACAAAGCAGCUCAAGCUGGAUCCCAGUAUUUAUGAGAGUCUUCAGAAAGAGCGUGUGGAAGUGGGAGAUGUCAUCUACAUUGAAGCUAACAGUGGAGCUGUCAAGAGACAAGGUCGUUGUGACACCUUUGCAACAGAGUUUGAUCUGGAGGCAGAGGAGUAUGUGCCGCUGCCCAAAGGGGAUGUCCACAAAAAGAAGGAGAUAGUCCAAGAUGUGACAUUGCACGACCUGGAUGUCGCAAAUGCCAGACCCCAGGGAGGCCAGGACAUUCUCUCCAUGAUGGGACAACUGAUGAAGCCAAAAAAGACGGAAAUCACAGAUAAGCUGCGUGCAGAGAUCAACAAGGUGGUGAACCGCUACAUUGACCAAGGCGUAGCUGAGCUCGUACCCGGUGUGCUAUUUGUGGAUGAGGUGCACAUGCUGGACAUCGAAUGCUUCACCUACCUCCAUCGAGCACUCGAGAGCACCAUUGCCCCCAUUGUUGUGUUUGCCUCUAACAGAGGAAACUGUUUAAUCAGGGGGACAGAGGACAUCAGCUCUCCACAUGGGAUUCCUUUGGACUUACUGGACAGAGUCAUGAUAAUCCGCACGAUGCUGUACACGCCACAGGAGAUGAAGCAGAUCAUCAAGAUCCGUGCUCAGACUGAAGGGAUCAAUAUCAGCGAGGAAGCACUUACACACCUGGCAGAGAUCGGCACAAAGACCACCCUCAGGUAUGCUGUGCAGCUGCUUACACCAGCCAGUCUGCUGGGCCGGGUUCAGGGAAAAGAGACAGUGGAGAGGGAGCAGGUAGAGGAAAUCAACGAGCUGUUCUACGACGCCAAGUCCUCCGCUAAAAUCCUCCAAGACCAGCAUCACAAGUUCAUGAAGUGAAACUGGAUUUCAGUUUUUUUUUUUUUAAUUCCUUUUACAACGCAAGGCUAGUGUUAUCGGCCAGUUGUUACAGAGUUGACUUUAUGUCUUCAUUGUGGUUCCAUGCUUUGUUUCUUUGCAUUUUUUCCAUCCUCACUCUCUCCAACAUGGCUCAUUCUAGUGUGCCUGCCUCAUUUAUUGUAGUAGUUUUGUUCUAAUAAAUUUUAAGUUUUAUUCAUUCAGUUUGUUGAUGAAAAUAAUUUUUUGAAUAAAAAGGAAAAACAAAUUGACUCAAGUUUUCUUUAAU